GGCGGUUAGGCCGGCGGCAGCCGUCCCCUCAGUGGGCCGCCCACUAUGACGAUUACCUACAGCUGCAUUGCUAAUGGCCGAGCGGUCCUGGCGGAGCUGGCUUUGACCGGCGGCUCCUAUCAGGAAGCAGUGGCAGAAGUACUUAGACUAGUGCUUCUUAGUGCUGAACCAAAGACUGUAAUUCAAGUGGGAAGCUAUAUCUACCAUACGCUCUCUAUUGAUGGAAUUACUUACUUAUGUGCUACAGACAAUGCCUUGGAUACUGUGACACCACCAGAAUUUCUGGAACAAGUUAGUGAUAUUUUUGCAAGAAAUCCUUCGAUGCCACCAGAACAUUUCUCCCCUUCAAAUGCAGUUGCUGCAGAUUUUCAACAAGUAUUAGCAAAGUAUAUGAUGAAAUACAAUACAACCCAAGAUGACGGCACUAUUUCCGUAACGAGGAGUCAAGAGACUGAUGUAAAAAAGGUUAUGGCACAAAAUAUUGAUACAAUUUUGGAAAGAGAAGCAGCAUUGAAUGUCUUCCUUGAUAGAACAGAUGAUCUCCAAACAACUGCCAAAGAAUUCCAAAAAACAAGAAAUACCCCUAGGAAGAUAUGGUGGAAAUACUUCAAAAGGAUUGCAAUUAUCACCACAGCAAUUCUCCUUUCAGUCAUUAUCAUUCUUUUAAGUCCAAAUGUAAUACCAACCUGAUCAUCCUCCUCUCCAUCACCGACAGAUACCAAUAAAUUGUUACAUGUAGAGUUCAACAACUAUCAGUUAUGAACUAAUCCUCUAGUGGUAGGAUUAAGAAAAGCUUGGAAUUAUUUCCUUGUCUCUCGACUCUUACCUCCAUGCCUCAAUUUCUGUAGUCCCAUUUAUUCUUUUCCACUCUUCUACUUCUCCAGCCUCUCCUUUUGUUAACAGCACAAACCCUAGAAUCAGCCUGCCAAGAUCCUACUUUCAGUUCUGCAAUAUACUGUUUACUUCAGACAAGUACUUAACCUGUGCCCUGUUUUCUCACUUAGAGCUAAUAAUAAAUUUACUGAAUAGAGAUCUUACAUCUCCCGUGUACGUAGUAAAUACUGUUUAAAUGUUAACUAUUACUAUGAAAAAUUGUAUUAUGACAUUGCUUAAAUCUGUACUUUCUCCUUACCCAGAAAACACCUUGACCUUAAAAUACCCUUAGAAACAAAAGAGGCUUAAAAAUAUUGUCGAGAGAUACACACUCUACUUCUCCUACAUAUUAAAUUUAAAGUGAAAAUUCA